AUGGUUUUGGGUGAAGUCCGACGUGGUAAAGGUCUUGCGGUCAUUGAUUUGCCAUCACCAGAGUAUGUCGAGGAUUUGGUCAAUCGCCCCGAGUGGAAUUCCCCUUCGGUGACGACUGAGCUCAAAGUCUUCAUCUGGAUUUUGGGGCCGGGCGUGGGUGAUCAUCCCAAGCUUCGGGAGUUUGUGGCACGCAUGCCCCAUGCGAAGCACACCGUGUCCAGCGUGGACUAUUGCCCCAACUAUCUGGCAUUCAACAGUGCUGCUGGCGCUGCCGUCCGACUUGCUCGUUUGAGGGGGGAGAACUACCCCAUUCCUGUUCAUGACAAUGUGACUGUCCCGCAGGCCCAGAGUGGUGCACGACCUGACAGCAUCUCGCUGGAGGACUCACCAUUCGAGCCUCUUCAACCGGGGCUGAUUAUUGACAUGGAGCCUCAAUUCGGUUUCAACAAGAGCGAUGUAAUCACCCCCUUGAACACUGCCCAGACUGUUUUCCAAAUCCCACGCUCCGUUGAGAACCGGAUGGAGGUCAUUCGUACUCGUGUCAAGAAGCCAGAUUUCCAAAGGCAACUAGCUGAGAUGCGCAAAGACCUUCCUGGUGCUGAGGCAGAGAUUAUUGCUCUUGGUACGGGAUCAUCUUCCCCUUCCAAGUACCGUAACGUCUCCGCAACACUACUCAACGUCCCCGGAUAUGGUUAUUAUCUUUUGGACUGCGGUGAGAACACGCUUGGACAGAUCAAACGUGUAUUUGGGUAUGAAAAGACUCGUGAGAUUUUGCAGAAUCUGCGUAUGAUCUGGAUUAGCCACCUUCACGCCGACCACCAUCUCGGCACGGCGUCCCUGAUCAGGGCCUGGUACAAGGAGAACUACGGAGCAGAGUCUAAGCCGACCGAACCGGAGACUGACCUUACCAAGAUCCUUCAGGAGAAGCGCUUGGCUGUGAUCUCUGAGGAGAUGAUGAUCGCUUGGUUGGAAGAGUAUGCUGCCGUCGAGGACUUUGGCUUUGACAAGUUGAUUCCUCUGUGUGCGCACCCCGAUCCAGCAGGGCCUUCCAUCAUCACCAGGUUCAGCUACAGGCAGCCUCGUAAUGGCAAUGCUCCCUACGGAAUUCAAUCUACUGGACGAACUAUCCUUGAUUUCAAGGAUGAUUCUUCGCCUCUGACACCGCUCCUGAAGUCCGCUCUGGGCUUGGAAGACAUUCUCACUACUCGCGUGAAACACUGCAAGGGUGCCCUCGCCGUAUCUAUCGUCUUCCCCGAUGGAUUCAAGGUCUCCUACUCCGGUGACUGCCGACCCUCGGACAAGUUUGCCUCUAUUGGCCGUGACUCGACCGUACUUAUUCACGAGGCUACCUUCCAGAACGAUAUGGUAGGCUCGGCUCUUGCGAAACGUCACUCCACCGCAGCCGAAGCCCUCGAAGUUGGCCGUCGCAUGGGGGCUCGCGCGAUCUUCCUCACCCAUUUCAGCCAACGGUAUCAGAAGGUCGCCUGCAUCGACCAAAAUGCAGGCACCAACAAGCACAACGCGGUGAUGUCGUCUGGCCCUGCGGAGAAGGUAGUCGCUCCUGCCGUUAAGGAACCCGCAGACCCUGAUAUCCCCCUCGACGACCCCGAGGAUCAACCAGAAAGUGUCCAGUCUGCCGCCCAUCUCCUCGACGACAUCCACUUCCCAUUGCCUAAUCGCCCGGGCCUGCCGCGCAGUGAUCUCAUCCCCGGAGUAAACGCACCUAUCGCUGCGGCAAUGGACUACAUGCGCGUGAAGGUUGGCGAUCUCGCUUUGGCACAGGCCUAUGCCCCCGCCGUAGAGAGACUCGUCGAACUACUGGAGAGAGAUGCCACCAUGCAAUCGGAGAUUGCCAAGAAGGCUAUCCGUGAGGCGGAGGAAGCUCGUAAAGCGAAGAAGAAUAAGAAAUUCGCGGGCAAAAAGGCUGCUGCUGGUGCUGCGGCUGCGGGUGUGGCUGCGGUCGUGACGGAGACUGAGGAGAAGAAGGAGGAGGCUGAAUUACCGGCGCAUUCGGUGUGGAGUGCGAGUGAGAGUGAGGCUGGAUGGGAGACAAGUGAUUAUGAGGAGUAA